CCCAUUGGACGGCACUGGAUGCGCUUCUGCCUCUGCCCAGAAUCAUCGGUCUCCAGCAAUUCGGCUCCUCUCUCUCUCUCCCGCACCUGCAGACAUCGAAAGCCAAAAACCACUCAAGAAGCUGCAACCGCGUAAUCUCGAGAAAACGGUUUACUCGGCCUAAGACAGUGGGAGACGACGGCGACGGCGGCGGCGGGAGGAAGCCAUGGUUCUCGCUCUGCUGUUGGGCUCCUCCUCUUCUUCUCUUGCGGCGCCACACCCUGCUUGCUCUUCCAGGAGAAAAUGCAGACCCGCUGGACGAAAUAAUUUCAGAUGCUCUCUGCAUGACAAGGUGCCACUGAAUGCUCAUGGAGUAUUAUCCACAAAAUUGCUCUCAUGCCUUGCUGCUUCGCUUGUUUUCAUCUCUCCACCUUGUCAGGCUAUCCCUGCAGAGACCUUUGUACAGCCAAAAUUGUGCCAGGUUGCUGUGGUAGCAGCCAUCGACAAGGCUGCGGUUCCUCUGAAAUUCGAUAGCCCUUCUGAUGAUGGCGGCACAGGUUUGAUGAUGAAGGGUAUGACUGCCAAGAACUUUGACCCAAUUCGCUACUCUGGUAGAUGGUUCGAAGUAGCAUCGCUGAAACGUGGCUUUGCUGGUCAGGGACAAGAGGACUGUCACUGUACUCAGGGGGUGUAUUCAUUUGAUGAGAAAUCACGCUCAAUCCAGGUGGACACAUUCUGUGUUCAUGGUGGACCUGAUGGUUACAUCACCGGUAUUCGGGGAAGGGUGCAAUGCCUGUCCGAAGAGGACAUGGCGAGUGCUGAGACAGAUCUUGAAAGGCAGGAGAUGAUCAAGGGGAAAUGCUUUCUCCGUUUCCCCACACUACCAUUCAUACCCAAGGAACCUUAUGAUGUGCUUGCAACCGAUUAUGACAAUUACGCCGUUGUGUCUGGUGCUAAAGACACAAGCUUUAUCCAGAUAUACUCAAGAACACCUAAUCCUGGACCAGAAUUCAUCGAGAAGUACAAGUCCUACGCUGCCAACUUCGGUUAUGAUCCGAGCAAGAUCAAGGACACCCCACAGGAUUGCGAGGUGAUGUCCACGGACCAGCUUGGUCUGAUGAUGUCAAUGCCUGGGAUGACUGAGGCUUUGACGAAUCAGUUCCCAGACCUGAAGCUGAGUGCACCUGUUGCAUUCAACCCAUUCACAAGUGUGUUUGACACCCUGAAGAAACUUGUAGAACUGUACUUCAAGUAAACUCCAUAUUGUAAAACUUGUGAUCAAUGUUCCCUCCACAUGAAGAUGCAGUUGAAUAAAAUUCUCACACACAGAUGUCUCUAGUGAUU